UAAGAAAAGAUAAUAAGAAAUAUUAAACAAGGAAGAAAAAAGAGGAAUAGAUAAAAUUGAAAAACCCUGAGAAGUUGUACCUCACCGCGUGGGUGAGGUAAAUAGACUUUAAGUCGUCGGCCUGUUUUGUGCGCUCUGUUCGAAUGAGGAUAAAGGUGAGGUGACAUGGGUAUUUGAACCGGCUCUCGCACUCUCUCUUACCCCAAACUCAACCCUGCAGGCCGCGUUCCGUUGGGGACCGUAUGGCGUACAGUAUGGCAUACUUCCCCCGAAUCGGGGGGGGACCAGCAUACGGCUCGCCUUGCGGAAGCGUGCGGGACCUUGCGCUCCUCGGAGGUGAAUGCUUGGCGGUGUCUGGCAACUAUUGUUUAUUAACAAACCGCAGACAUCCGCCGCUUCACCAUAAUAUUUUCAGUGUGGGGGAUGUAAAUGCUAUUUUGACAGCUUAUGCGACGUCACAGAACAUCAAAAACAAUGUGCCUCUGAGGCAGAAGAGACAGCUCUGGUUGUUUCUGAGUGGUGUGUAUAUAUUAGGGGUGCACCGGGUGGUGAAAUUUACUAUCCGGCCGGAUGCCAGAUAG